AUUACAACCAGAUUGUAGCAAGCGAGAAUCUCUGUGGGAACUGCGCACUGAGCUCAAGUAAUGGCGGAACCAAAACCAGAGGGAAAUGAUUCUCUGUCGGAGAAAAAUGUAAAGGCACCCAAUUUAAUUGAAAGAGCACAGGAAGAGAUUGAAGCAGUUGUGCACACUGAAAGAUCACCUCACCAUCAUAAGGAAACUCAUGGUACAAGUGAUGACAUUGAUGAGAACACCCCUAUUAGUGAAGUCAAAGGUCCAAGUGUGUUUGAACGUGCCAAGGAAGAGAUUGAGGCCAUCGUUCAAACUAUUCUCCCAAAGAAAAAAUCUGACUGCCACAAUCUUACCUCCAAGAAAGAAGGUGGAACCUGAGCCUCCAUGAGAA